UUUCAGAAGGGAUAGUGUUUCCUUUAGUACUUCCUUGCCGAUUCCAUGGUUCAGUAUCGAUUACGGGGCUCAGUACGAUUUUACUUUUCACGCUGGAAUGAGGCUCAAUUUGGUCGUCGCAAUUUUUGCAACAGUAUUUAAUGUUGUUUACAGUGUUACGGAUAUAAAGGACUAUGUAAAAUUUCACGCAGAUCCCCGAAAUAAACCAUCGUUUUAUGGAAAUUUCUUGAUAAAGGUAUUGAAUUGCUCGCCGAAAAAUCUUGACAGCCCGAAACCAAUGUCGCCUGAUGAAUAUAUAGUGUUAGCAAAACAAAAAGUACGAGACUAUAAGCCACCAACGCUAAUAAAAUACACACCAUAUGUACCUUUGAGAAAGAAGCAAGUGACAACAAUAAAACCUGACGCACCUCCGCUAAAAAAAAUAAGGAAAUUCGAAAACUCGCUGCCAAUGACACGUGCUGAAUUUGUAGCGUUAGCGAAACAAAGAAUACGAGACUAUAAGCCACCAACGCUAAUAAAAUACACACCAUAUGUACCCUCGAGAAAGAAGCAAGUGACAACAAUAAAACCUGAUGCGCCAUAUACAAAUAAAGUAAAUAUCAGCACAAUUGCGAUUGCAGAAACAAAUUCAACAACGCCAUAUCCAGUUACCACCGAGCCAGCUUUUAUAAAUUUAACUACAGACGGCAUAAUGGAAAAUCAAUCAACUACCAUAACAACAGAAGAUAUUACGGCUAAAACAAGUACGACAACCCAAAACAAGUCCAAUGUGGAGGACACCACUUACUCAAGUUUAUCAACCAGCCAAAUAGAAUUUAUGACCUCAACCACUGAAGAUUACACUUCAACUCAAAGCGUUUCAACCGAUCAUACCCCAACUACAACAACAUUAAUGGACACAACAAUUGAAAGUGAAUCGACUACCCCCAACGUGGAGACUUCUACAGACAGUAACCAAAACGAAUUAAUUACCUCAACCACAGAAGAUUACACUUCAACUCGAAGCUUUUCAACCGCUCAAACCCCAACUACAACAACAUUAAUGGACACAACAAUUGAAAGUGAAUCGACUACCCCCAACGUGGAGACUUCUACAGACAGUAACCAAAAUGAAUUAAUUACUUCAACCACAGAAGAUUACACUUCAACUCAAAGCGUUUCAACCGAUCAAACCCCAACUACAACAACAUUAAUGGACACAACAAUUGAAAGUGAAUCGACUACCCCCAACGUGGAGACUUCUACAGACAGUAACCAAAACGAAUUAAUUACUUCAACCACAGAAGACUACACUUCAACUCAAAGCGUUCCAACCGAUCAAACCCAAACUACAACAACAUUAAUGGACACAACAAUUGAAAGUGAAUCGACUACCCCCAACAUGGAGACUUCUACAGACAGUAACCAAAAUGAAUUAAUUACUUCAACCACAGAAGAUUACACUUCAACUCAAGGCGUUUCAACUACAACAAUAUUACCGGAAACUAUCACUGAAAGUAAAUCGACUACCCCCAACGUGGAGACUUCUACAGAAACUUACCAAAAUGAAUGGAUUACUUCAACCACAGAAGAUUACACUUCAACUCAAAGUGAAUCGAUCACCUCUAAUUUGGAUACUUCUACAGAAACUUACCAAAAUGAAUUAAUUACCUCAACCACAGAAGAUUACACUUCAACUCAAAGUGAAUCGAUCACCUCUAAUUUGGAUACUUCUACAGAAACUUACCAAAAUGAAUUAAUUACCUCAACCACAGAAGAUUACACUUCAACUCAAAGUGAAUCGAUCACCUCUAAUUUGGAUACUUCUACAGAAACUUACCAAAAUGAAUGGAUUACUUCAACCACAGAAGAUUACACUUCAACUCAAAGUGAAUCGAUCACCUCUAAUUUGGAUACUUCUACAGAAACUUACCAAAAUGAAUGGAUUACUUCAACCACAGAAGAUUACACUUCAACUCAAAGUGAAUCGAUCACCUCUAAUUUGGAUACUUCUACAGAAACUUACCAAAAUGAAUGGAUUACUUCAACCACAGAAGAUUACACUUCAACUCAAAGUGAAUCGAUCACCUCUAAUUUGGAUACUUCUACAGAAACUUACCAAAAUGAAUGGAUUACUUCAACCACAGAAGAUUACACUUCAACUCAAAGUGAAUCGAUCACCUCUAAUUUGGAUACUUCUACAGAAACUUACCAAAAUGAAUGGAUUACUUCAACCACAGAAGAUUACACUUCAACUCAAAGUGAAUCGAUCACCUCUAAUUUGGAUACUUCUACAGAAACUUACCAAAAUGAAUGGAUUACUUCAACCACAGAAGAUUACACUUCAACUCAAAGUGAAUCGAUCACCUCUAAUUUGGAUACUUCUACAGAAAUUUACCAAAAUGAAUUAAUUACUUCAACCACAGAAGAUUACACUUCAACUCAAAAAGUUUCAACCGCUCACACGCCAACUACAACAAUAUCAGUGAACACGAUCACUGAUAGUGAGUCUACCACCUUCAACUAUGAGUCCCGCACAGAUACUAGCCAAAACGGAUUAACUUUUUCAACCAUAGAUGAUUUUGAUUCAGUAUCUACAUCAACAGGACAUAGUAUCCUUAUAUUAGGAAAUAAUUUUACUACGGAUGUGAUAACCGAUAAUACCCAGAUUAUACUCUCUGCCUCAGAGACUACAGAAAUUUCAAUAGUUGAACCUAACCAUUUUACAAUAAGUCCAAAGAGAGAUGAUACCGCCAGAGAAGAUAAAAUUACACCUGAUGACAUGCUUAUGAAACCAAUCCGAUUUACCUACGAUACUGACGUUAUGCCAACUUUGGACGAAUUUUAA